AAUGGCAGCACUCACAUAGAUCAUUACUUGAUCGUGCUUUGUGGCGAUUCCUUUUAUAAUUUGUUUGAUCGUCUAGCUACUCAUGUUAGCUAAUUUAAUUUGCAGACUACUGUUGGAUUAGAUCAUAACAGAAGAGAAGACGCAGACGCAGACGCAGACGCACUCAUCAAUCUCAAAAUUUGAAGAUUAGGCAGGCAGGCAGGCUCAGGAACGCAAAUAAAAUCAAUCCGUUCCACGGGGUCUCUCUUCUUCGUCACUAUCACUGUUAGUCGGCCAAAGGGCGGGCCGUGCGAGCCCUAACCUCUGGAACCACGGGUAACGUUGUACCAAACCGCCGUAGCGGCCGGAGGUUGGUUACGGCCACUCCCUCCGCUAAAUCGCUCACCUCCACCGCCACUCCACCGCCACCACCAGCAGCGGCUAUGGCAUCUCCCACCGCCACCUCCCCCAAAUCUUUCAACUCUUCCCUCGAUUCGUCCAUGCCUAGGCUCCAUCUCUCCCCUGAUCAGCUACGCUAUUGCUCCCAAGCCCUUGAAUUCUUCAAAGCCAAAAAAUUCAAUUCUCCGCACAAGAUGCACCAAGAGUUCCAAAUCUUGCAGGCUAAUAGGAUGAGGGCUGUGGAGAUGAGGAAUAGGUGUACUGUUGCACUUGAUAGCUUGAAUCUCUCAAAGAACCGAUACACCGAUGUCCUGCCAUUCGACAGUAGCAGGGUUAUCUUGAAGCAAUGCUCGGAUUACAGAUCUUCUGCCAAGGGAUAUAUCAAUGCUAGUUUUGUCAUGACUUCUGAAAGUGUUUCUCGUUUUAUUGCGACUCAAGGGCCGCUUUCUCAUACAUGUGAGGACUUCUGGGAAAUGAUACUCCAGUAUCACUGCCCUGUCAUAGUUAUGCUCACUCGAUUGGUGGACAAUUACCAUACAGUGAAGUGCGUUGAUUAUUUCCAAGCAGAGGAUGGACCAAGAGAGUUUGGUAACAUAUGCAUCACCACCAAGUGGAUGCAAAUAUCAAAUAAUUCAGUAAUAUUCCGAUGCCUAGAAGUGAAAUACAAAGAGUCAGAGGAACCCCCAUUGUCUGUUUUGCAUGUUCAGUACCCUGAAUGGCCUGAUCAUGGAGUUCCAAAAGACACUCUUGCUGUCCGUGAAAUCUUUAAAAGAGCAAGUCAUUUCCCACCCAAUGUAGGACCGGUAGUUGUUCACUGCAGUGCAGGGAUUGGUAGAACUGGCACAUAUUGUGUCAUUCAUAACACUAUUCAAAGAGUUCUGAUAGGAGACAUGACUGCUUUGGAUCUUGUUAAUACAGUUGCAACUUUUCGGUCACAGAGAAUCGGAAUGGUGCAAACGCUGGAGCAGUAUGUCUUGUGCUAUGAUGCAAUUAUUGACGAACUUGAGAAUAUUAUCUCAGAUAGCAAUGCUCCUUGAUGUCUGGCUGUUUGAUGAAUCGAUUCUGCAUUUUGUGUACAACACUUGCUUGAUCUAGUUUCUAAAUUUACUUCCUUGACCACAGGAAGGAACAGGAUGAUUCUUGGUUGGUUGAUGAUAUGCCUGCCUUGUUUCCUUAGCAAGAACAUACACACACGCUCAUAAUAAUGUUAUGUUGAAUAUUCAAGUUUAUGAAUUCUGAAAA